GAAACGGACUUUUUAAGGAAUGGAAGUCUAGGUUUGAGUACAGUAUUUGACUGAUGCCGUUGGGAUAUUCUUCCCGGUAAAAAUUGUAUACAUAAGUCUGUUUCUGUUAUAUCCAGCGGUGAUGUGAAAGCACUCCACUGAACAUAGCAAGCAAUACAAAGCCAUCUGCCAAACAACAACGACAAUAGAGAGAGCAAAGUUCUGUGUACGUGUGCAAUGUUUUCAAGCUCCGUCAAUGGCUUGAUGGGUGACAUUCAGGGUGGAACUCUACCUCUCUGAAUUUCCUACCUCUUCUUUUUAAUCCUUUCCUGUCGUCGUCCUGUUUCUUGGCUGUCAAAAAAGUGCAAGAGAGUGAAAAAAAAAUCUUGGAAAUGAGAUGUUAUCACCAUCUUCUGUUCUGGGUCGACUCCCUUUGAUCAACAACUUAUGUAGUCUCUGUGGUGCUUUCUGCUACAAAUUUUUGCAGAUCUGACGAAGAUGCUUUAUGGGUUAGAGAGGUUCACUCUUUCUGAUUGAUCAUACAAGACAUGGCCAAGCUUUAUUUUAAUCAGUCUCCUUUCUCAGUGCAUCCCCUGACAGAAACUUUGGCUUCAUUUUGAGGGCAAAUCUCCUUUGGCAAUAUAAUUCGGUUAUUUACAGUAACCAAAAUCUUCAGAUUUUGGCUAUAUAAAUUUGAAACAUUCAGCUUUGUGGGGAAAAUCUUAUUUUGCAAAAUCAAUUUUAGAUUUCCUUUGAUUGGAUGACCUUCUUUGGCAGUGGUUAAGUGGGGAGAAACCGUUUUUCUUGGAAAUUCAUCAUUUGUUUGGAACUCAACCUCACUGCAAGGCAGUUCUCCUUCAGCACCCAGAGUUUCAGUCUGACCAGUGGAACAAUCCCAUCUUGCAGUUGUAGCUCUUUGAUACUUUUGCAAUUGGGAAGUCUCCUUUUGAAGUUUCAUCAAGUGAAACUUCUGUCCAUUUUGGGCAAAUCUCCUUUGGCAUUUGGAGUCCUUAUUUGACUCCAGUUAAUCCCUGCAGGGGCAAAUCUCCUUUGGCAUUAUAUCUCCAGUUUUUGGGGUCAAAUUAUCAAGUUUGAUAUAUCGGCUUAUCAAUUGGAAGAUCUAUUAUUUAAGUUCUUGGCAAACGAUUAUUACUAAUAGUCAUUGCUGAACCAUCUUUUGAAUUGAUAUCAACUAGACCCUUAUAGCAACACGCUUUGAGGACUUAAUUCGCGUCAGCAUUGGAAGAUUCAAUUCCUUCAAGAGGGUGCAAAGUUGAUGGUUAUGUGCUUUCUAUUAAGACAUUGUUUCUGGGAAAAUUCCUGCUCUAAUACUGAGUAGAGAAUAGUGAAGUAUUGGAACAGAUUCCAGAACAGAAAACAUUGAUCUGAUUUCAUCUGCACUGGUGACAGAGGCAUUUCAAUAUGGAUAGGCUAUUUAGUGACUUUGAUUGGGAGAGUUUCAGUGAGAGUGGGAGUAGCGUUGGGCAAGAGGAAUCUGAUACUUUGUAUGGUGGGCAUGCUAGUAGCAUAUUGACCAGCUUGGAGGAAAGCAUAGGGAAAAUUGAUGAAUUUCUGUCGUUCGACAGGGGAUUUAUACAUGGGGAUCUUGUGUGCUCUGUCACAGAUCCAUCUGGACAGAUGGGCAGAGUAAUUAAUGUUGACAUCCUUGUAGAUCUCGAGAACAUGCAUGGGCAUGUAAUGAAAGAAGUAAGUUCCAAAAAAAUUUUAAGGAUCCACUCCAUUUCAGCCGGGGAUUAUGUGGUCCAAGGUGCAUGGCUAGGAAGGGUGGACAAAGUGAUUGACUAUGUUACUGUCAUCUUUGACGAUGGGACAAAGUGUGCGGUCUCUGCCAUGGAUCAAGAGAAGCUCUUACCUGUUUCCACGAACAACUUUUUUGAAGAUUCACAGUUUCCAUACUAUCCUGGACAAAGAGUGCAGCUUAAAAUUUCCAAUGCUUCCAAAUCAGUUGGAUGGUUAUGUGGUACCUUGAAGGAAAAUCAUGUUGAGGGAACUGUUUCUAAGGUAGAUGCGGGUCUGGUGUAUGUGGAUUGGCUUGCUUCAGUUCUCACUGGCUGUGAUUUUAGUUUGCCUUCUCCCUCACAUAUACAGGACUCAGAAAACUUGACCUUGUUGUCAGGUUUCUCCCACGCAAACUGGCAGCUUGGCGACUGGUGUAUGCUUCCAGCUGCUGAUUGCAAAGGUAUUUUGGAACCUUUUUCUGUCAGCUCUUCUGCUUGUCAUAAUACGAAAUUUGAAAGACGGGUGAAAAGAAGAAACCUUAGUUUUACUGUGGCAGAAAUUUUUGCUAUCAUUGGGAAAAAGACCAAGGUUGAUGUGGCUUGGCAGGAUGGUAGCUGUUCUUUGGGAGUAGAGUCUACCAUGCUGCUUCCUAUUAGUGUUGUGAAUGCUCAUGAAUUUUUGCCUGAACAGUUUGUACUGGAAAAGGGCAUUUGUGAUGAUCCACAUGUUUCUAAUAGUCACAGAUGGGGGGUAGUGCAGGGUGUUGAUGCUAAGGAAAAGACUGUAAAGGUACAAUGGAAAGCUAAGGCCAUGAAUCAAGCAACUGACCCCAUUGGAGAUCAGAUGGAGGAAACUCUGAGUGCCUAUGAACUCAUUGAGCACCCAGAUUUCUCCUACUGUUAUGGGGACGUUGUGUUUAGGUUGGUCCAUAACCAGUUCACUAAUCAAGCUGAUAAUGACCAGAAAAGCACUGAAAUUGGCAUGGUUAAAGGGGCCAUUAUGGAAGGCCAAAACUAUGGUUGGGAUAAGAAUGAUUGCCCUGAUAAGGGUUACCUUUCUUGCAUUGGCAUUGUCACAGGCUUCAAAGGUGGUUCUGUGGAGGUGACAUGGGCUGCCGGCUGUACUACCAAGGUUGCACCUAAUGAGAUAUAUGGGAUUGAUAAAUAUGAAGGUUCAGCUACAACUCAUGUGCCCCCUGAAGAAACUGAUGAGGAACUGAAUCAAGAGAUACAUGACAAACAGAAAGGAAAGAAUUUGCCUAAUUUUGAUGGCGUUGGUGAAAAUUGCAAAAAGUACCCAUGUGAGUCUAGUUCCUUUUUUCUUCCUCAAGCUGCCGUUGGAUUUUUCACAAGCAUUGCAACAAGCCUGUUUGUGGUCCGUUUUUCCACACCUCUGUCAUGCCCAGCAUCAUCUGGUCAUAUAUCUGGCAACACAAAUGAAUCUGAGCUUCUCCUUGAGAAAGAAAAAUCUAAAACUUGUAAUAACUGCAGUGAGCCCCAUCUUAGUGAGAUGCAAACAUUUGGGCAGACUGAAUUAUGUGAGGAAGUUGAGGAUAAUCAGGAGAAAGAUGGUUUUAAACUUUCAACAGCCUGCCAGAACCCAUAUCAAUUUAGGCAGUUUGAUAUAGUUAGUGAUAGCUCAGACCACCACUUUUUCAACACCAGCAAAGGUUUAGCACCGUCUCAGGUGAAAAGAUCCUGGAUGAAGAAAGUUCAGCAAGAAUGGAGCAUUCUAGAGGCAAAUCUUCCUGAGACAACCUAUGUUCGCAUCUACGAAGAGAGGAUGGACCUCUUGCGAGCGGCCAUAAUUGGUGCACCUGCAACUCCAUACCAUGAUGGCCUUUUCUUCUUUGAUAUAUUCCUUCCUCCAGAUUAUCCUCAAGAGCCACCUUUGGUGCAUUACCAUUCUGGCGGACUCCGUGUCAACCCUAAUUUGUAUGAGUCUGGGAAGGUCUGCCUCAGCCUUCUCAAUACUUGGACUGGGACAGGCACUGAAGUAUGGAAUCCAGAAAACUCCACCAUUCUUCAAGUUCUUCUCUCCCUUCUGGCUCUUGUACUCAAUGAGAAACCUUACUUCAAUGAGGCUGGGUACGAUGAGCAGAUGGGAAGAGCUGAAGGAGAGAAAAACUCAGUGAGCUACAAUGAGAAUGCAUUCCUUAAUACUUGCAAGUCAAUGCUUUACCUCCUGCGCGGGCCACCCAAGCAUUUUGAGGCGUUUGUGGAGGAGCAUUUCAUCCAUCAGGCCAGCCAUAUUUUAUUGGCUUGUAAGGCAUAUAUGGAAGGAGCUCCAGUAGGUUGUGCUUUUGGAUGCAAAGACAGUGGGGAAAAUUUCCAGCAAUCUUCGAAGGGUUUCAAAAUCAUGCUUGCUAAGUUAUUUCCAAAGCUUGUCGAGGCUUUUUCAGGCAAGGGAAUCGACUGCAGCCAAUUUUCUGAGCCAGAAAAUUGAAUAUCCAUCUGAUGCACAAAUCAUCUCAUGAAGACAGUCCUACACUGUGUACUAAUAUGUAAAAUAUAAAGAUAAGCUUGGUAAAAAAAGCCAAGCUUUUCUGAUUUAUAUCAUGAUAUUGGCUUGAAUAAGCUUGUCAAUAGUCACAAGCAGAUUGUGUUGUCGAAAGAAGAAGGGAUUGCAGAAUUGUGAAGACAUUCCUACAAUGUGAAUAUGUAAAAUAACAGCAUAAGCUUAUGUGUUUAUUUGCUGUUACUAAACAUGCAUUACUGAAAAACAGAUUCUUAGAAACUAUAGUUGGAUUGGUGUGGCUUCCAAUGUCUUGUUUGUAAAGAAGAAAAUCCAAGAAAGGCAGUGGAACUUGCCAUUUUAGGUGACUACAAAAGUUUUUAGUCUUGGAAUGUUUCUUAGCCUGUAAUGCUUUUUAUGAUGUAAGGAAUUAAAUGUGCAAUGUUACUAACCCUAAA